AGCACAUAUAAAUGUUGGGUUCCUCCAAAUUUGUGCUCUCUUUUCAGUCUCAGUUACGUGACAAAUUCUCACCCUCAGCAUCUCCUCCACUCCUGAUACCUCUUCUCUCUCUCUCUCCAUUAUAUGCUUCAAACCUAGUGUCAUUUCACUCUCUCUUUCUUUACACAGACCACUACUGCUUAAGAGAGAGGGAGAGGGAGAGAGAGAGGAGAGAGUGCUCAAUUUAAGUUGUUGAUUCUUAGAAGCUUCAAUCUAUGGCUUCUUGGGUUCUUUUACCAGUAACUCCAGUAACCGGUCGCUGUCUAGUAGCUCCCGUGAGAACUCAGAGGUCCUCCUCCAUCUGCGUUCGGUCUUCUCUGGACACAAAUGUUUCUGACAUGAGUGUAAAUGCUCCAAAAGGGUUGUUUCCACCUGAACCUGAGCACUACCGAGGUCCCAAGCUGAAAGUGGCUAUAAUUGGAGCUGGGCUUGCAGGCAUGUCAACAGCAGUUGAGCUUUUGGAUCAAGGCCACGAGGUGGAUAUAUAUGAGUCAAGGCCUUUCAUUGGUGGAAAAGUGGGCUCCUUUGUUGAUAAGCGUGGAAACCACAUUGAAAUGGGACUCCAUGUUUUCUUUGGUUGCUACAGUAAUCUUUUCCGAUUAAUGAAAAAGGUGAACAAAUAUUGCUUGGUUGAACUGCUAUGACAUUUGGGUGA